UUUUUCGAUCCUCGUGACCGUCACGUUUAGAUAUUGUUUAUGUUUCGGUUUCUUGCUGUAUUUUGAAAUUUUUGAUUUUGUUAAAAAUUUUAUUCGGAUCCUUAAAGGUUUCAUAUUUAAUGUUAAAAACAAGCAAGCGAUAAUUUUGUGUUGUUAUGUUACAUGCAUUUUCAAUGCCUUUGCUGUCUUUAUGUCUUUUCUUUUUCCUUAAUAAAUAAAAAUGAGUGUGGGUUCUCAGAUUUUGGAUGGACAUUUACAAACAGAUGUUUUGGAAGGCACAUCUAAUCCUUAUCAAGCUGAAUGGAAUUCUUUUUUUUGCCGAAAAUUUUACUUGCAACAUCUAAAGUCUUUAGCUAUAAAAGGGGAUUUGAAAGCAUGUCACUUUAGAAGCAUUUGUUGGAAGAUAUUUUUAAAAUGCUUGCCAGAGGAUAAACAAUUGUGGAUAGAUACUAUUAAGUCUCAACGACAACAGUAUGAGGAAAUAUUGGAUAAGUAUGCCACUAAUCCAAGGAUCAUUGAUAGCAUGGAUAUUAAUGUGAACAAUCCAUUAUCACAAGCUCAGCAAAACCCUUGGAUUCAAUACUUUGAAGAUACAGAGCUCAAAACAACUAUCCAGCAAGAUGUUGUUAGAACAUUUCCAGAAAUUGAUUUUUUUCAUAAGAAAAAUAUUCAAGUAAUGAUGUCUAGUAUACUAUUUUCUUAUGCCCGAGAAUUCCCUCAUGUAUCUUAUAAGCAGGGAAUGCAUGAGAUUCUUGCUCCAAUUUUAUUUGUCUUGAAGUAUGAUGUAGAAGGCUAUUUGGAGUAUUCAAAAGAAAAUAAAUUAGACUUAGAGUUGCAUAUUAUGCUGAAUCAGAACUACAUUGAACAUGAUGCUUAUUUCUUAUUCUACCAAUUAAUGAACUCUAUUGAGCCAUGGUAUACUUCAAGUGAUUAUCUUUAUGAUAAAUCAAUUGUAGCUGAGCCUUUUACUCAAAAAAUGUCAUCUUCUCCCACAAAUUGUUUGGGCCAGCAUCUUAAAAGAAUAUAUGAGCAACUACUAAAACAUCAUGAUAAUGAGCUCUUUCGGAGAUUAGAAGAACUAGAAAUUACGCCUCAAAUAUUUGGCAUCCGAUGGCUUCGUUUGUUAUUUGGUCGGGAGUUCUCAAUGCCUGAUUUAUUAAUAGUGUGGGAUGCUUUAUUUGCUGAUAGUAUAACACUUGAUUUAGUAGAUUAUAUUUUUGUUGGAAUGUUGAAAGCUAUUAGAUAUCUAUUGUUGCCUUGUGACUAUGCAUCAUGUUUGACUUAUUUAAUGCGUUAUCCAAACGUUGCUGAUGUGCGUUAUAUCAUUGAUUUGGCAUUACACUUAAGAGAUCCUGGUAGUUACAAUCAACCAACUGGAAAAGUUGUGAAUCCUUUGCAAUUGAAGGCUGCUAAAGAUAACAAAUUUCCUAUUGCUUUGAAAACAAACUCAAUAAAACUUCCUAAAGUUACUUCAUAUGUGAAUAAAGCUAAUGAUAAACGUCCAAAUUCUUUCUCCAUGACAUUGCGUCCUUCCGUGGUAGAGACAGAUUCUGGUGUUGGAAAGUCAACUUGUUUAGUUGAUCCUUCAAAUUAUGACUUGACUCCUGAUCAUAAUGAACUUGAUUUUGUUGAAGAAUAUUAUGAUACAAAUAUGUUAGGAAGUCUAGGUGAUAAUUCUUUUCCUAGAACAACAAUUUCUAAUGUCAUGGAAAGUAAAAGCAUUGCUGAUCAAGUUUCAAAAAUUAUUAAUGAAGAUUUACAGAAUUGUUCAACUGAUGUAUCUAAUUCUUCUAUUCGUGAAAUGGUAUCUCUUUCUCGUCCACAUGAAAGCCCUAUGAAGAAAUCUUAUUUAAAGAAAGAAAAACAUUCAUUCAAAGAUGUUUCACUUGUGAAUUCUCUAGAAAAAGAAAUAUCUGAUUUAAGGUUGGUUGUUGACUGUUGUGCAAAACAAUUAACACUGCAUUUAGAUAAACUACAAAAAUCAAUGUUGUGCCAAGAAUUAUUACAUGAAGAUGAAAUGUACUUGUCUUUAGCUGGAUUAAAAAGAGUUCGAGACAUUUUAAAAGGUACUGUAUGCAUUGCUGAAGUAAUUAAGGAUGACUUGGAUCCUUAUACUAUAUAUGAUCAUAGUAACACUGAAGUAUCUCAGAAUAGUCCUGAUUCUAAAACUGAGGAACCGAAAGACAUACAAAAUUCUGAUAAUUUAGUUACAGAAAAUGGUAGUAUAAAGACAAAUGAUGACAAGGAUAUUUUACAGUGUUCAGUGCCUGUGGCCAUAGAUUUAGAUGAAAAUCUUAUUUCCGAUGAUAGUUACAGAACUGUAAAUGGUGCUAAUGCUUCUUAACAUGUCAUUAAGUGAUAUACAUUUCCACUAAAAAAUGUAAUAUAUUAUUUUUCUAACAAAUUACCUGUUAUCAAUCAAUAUUAUCAUAAUACUUUUUGUUAUUUUUUUCUGUGAUUUGACGUAAUUUUAUAAUUAUUUCCUGAUAAGUAUUAUUUAUAUAUUGUUAUUGAACAAUGUGACAAUUUGA